GGUGCAUAAUUUGAUCGGGCUCGACAUGCAGAUAAAUGUAAAAUCUUAAAAGAAACGAUCACUGAUCAGAGUUUUGAGUAAUUUACCACUUUUAAGUAAAUUUCUAUCGAUUUCCGUCAUGACCGAAAUAUUAGAAGCACAACUAGAGACUCUCGCGAAUGAGAAUGUCUUUUUACAAAAGUACUUCUCGUUGAGAAAAAAGUGUGAACAGCUACAGCAGGCUAAUGAGAAGAUUGUCAACAGAAUACAACAUGUGAAGAAAAUGAUCAAGCGAUGCAAAAGAGAGAGAAGGUUUCUAACUAAUCGCCUUGAUGAGCAUGGAGACGAUUAUAGGAACGCUCAAAUUCCUGUCAUGUGGGAGGAGGAUCAGUUGUACCACCCUCUUCGGCCAAUGAAAAGCAGCAAUGGCAGGUCACAUGGGGUUAAACACUCCUCUGACAUCAUCUCCGCAGUCAGUCCUCGGGUGUUGGCAGAUAUGGGACAGGUGUCCACCAGUAAAUCUAAGAGAAAGAUAGAAAAGACCAAAGAUUUUGUAGGUCCCAAGAAACCAGCUAACGCCUUUUUGUUGUUUUGUCAGCACAGAAGGACAGCAGUGGCUGAAGAAUACUUGAAGGAGAAGCAUGAAGAGAUAUCAAAUCAUGAAUUAACACGUAGAAUUGCACUAGAGUGGAAUAUUCUCAAACCGGACCAGAAAAAGGUCUACUUUGACAUGUAUGAACAAGAAAAAGAACAGUACGAGAAAGAAAUGAAGAUUUACCAGGAACAAGAGCAGACGAGACCGAGUGAUAAAGAGGCGGCCGAAGGACUGGACAGCACGGAGGAAGUGGUGGACGCAGCUGCAAUGGGGAUCGAGGCCCAGAGUGCUGUGGAUGCUCUGAUGAUGGACAACUGACAUUCGGUCUUCAAAUUUAACUGUAGCUACCCUUUCCUGAUUGUAUGCUUUUCCACCAUUUUGUCACCUGUGAAGCAUAGGGACUUGGGGAUGACUUUUUCUCUCAAUGUCACCAGUGUGAGACCAACAUAACCCAUGUAAGACGGUUGUGCCAGAUUUUUUUGGUUUUACUUUGCUGUGACAUCAUCGGUUAUGAUGUCAUGUGAUAUGAAUUACAUGGUGAUGUAAGAUAUGUACUGUUUUCUACAAAUUUCGAUUUGAUAUCGCUUUCUGAUUUUGCCGUAAGUGUAUACCAUUUUCGAGUACGCUCUUCCUCACUGUGUAAUUAGUUUUGCAUUUAAGAGGAUUUUGAUGAUUUUGAAAAUUUCUUAAAACUGCUGAAUUUAUGCGCUAAAUUGUGGAUAAAAUGUGAGAAAAUAAUCAUUAUUUACUCAUGUGGGAUAAGGAAAUUCCACCUCUGGGACAGGAUUCACUGUCUAGGACUUAGCAAAACCUCAUCUUAGACUGUGAAUCUUGUCCCCUCAGUGGAAUUUUCCCACGUUCAUACUAAUGAAAGAUUUUACUUGUAUGCCUCCUGUCAUUCUGGCUUUUAGUUUGUCUUUCUGUCUGUCACAAGACUUAAGUAUUUGGCACAUUCAUUGAGUGAUGUCAACAUGUACCAGUAUUAUUCCUGCUAUCACAGGUGACACGUGUUCAGCACAUCAAUAAGUCUCUAUAUACUCAUUUUCCAUCAUAGUAAAUGAAACCAUUAAAUGGUGUAUUAAUGUUUUAGGAUUGUGAGAUAAUGUAUAUUUUACUGUAUUGUGUGACUGAGUUUGUAGCUGUAAUAAUAUAGCCCUCUCCAAAUUUUUUUUUUUUUGAGAGAGAUUGAUUGAUUGUAUAUUGUUUAACGUCCCUUUUGAGAAUCUUUCACUUGUAUGGAAAUGUCACCAUUGCUGGUGAAGGGCUGCAAAAUUUAGGCUUAUGCUCGGCACUUAUGGCCUUUGAGCAGGGAGAGAUCUUUAUCAUGCCACGCCUGCUAUGACACAGGACCUCGGUUUUACGUCAAGCAAGGGGUACUGAGGACCUAUUCUAACCCACAUCCCCAUGGAUUUUGAGAGAGAAAACGUCGGAAUAAAAAAAAAGACCAAUUGGAGAGAGCUACAUUAUUGCAGCUAUUAGAUUGUGUAUUGGAAUAAAUUCUACUUGUAUUUAGAAACAAAACAAUAAAAUUUAAAUCAAAA